AUGGCCCUGAAACGAGCACCAGUGUCGCUAUCCAAUAUUUCUUCACCCAAAUCCAUCGAUGUACCGGGGGACAAGUUGCUGAGUCCUAGUGAGGCAGCUGGCAUUCUAUUUCAAGCCAGUCCUCGUAACUCGCUGGUCGACCUCACUAUCGGGCAAGAGUACGAGUUUGUAGAACCACCGCCACCAGACUUCUACUGUCCGGUAACUUUUGAGUUGCUGGUCGACCCGCAGCAGACUGCGUGUUGCGGCAAUCACAUUUCAUCUCAAGUUGCAGAUAGGUUGAAAGCUGAGAGAAAACCAUGUCCAGUUUGCAAAGAAGAGAUUUUUAAUACCGUCACCGACAAGCAUUACCGACGACGUGUACUAGACCUGCGAGUGUGUUGUCCCCACGAAGGAUGCAACUGGGUUGGUGAAGUACGAUAUCAUAAAUCACACGUGGAAGAGUGCCCGAAACGCUCUUGGAGUUGCCAAUACUGCGAUUAUUCGUGCACCCACGAUGAAGGUGAAAGUGUCCACUGGCCCGAGUGCAAAAUGUUUCCCGAGCCUUGCCCUAACCAAUGUGAAGUGCACACUGUGGCACGCAAGAAUAUCGAGCUGCAUCGCACCGUUUGUUCCCUGGAGCCUGUCGCUUGUGGGCUAAGUGAGUACGGCUGUCAAGCCAUCUUUCCACGCAAGGACCUUGCGAAACACAUGAAGGAAAACGAGGGGCAGCAUUUGAUUAGCCUUGCAAUUCACAACUACAAGCAACUAAAGUCCAACAAGGAGAGCAUGGUCGAGCUUCGAAGAAACGUGCAACAACUUCAGCAGUCUGUUCAGAGCGUGCAUCAGGAAAUCUCAGCCCUGAAGCUCAAGACCGGUCACAUCGAGCACCACGUAGCCGGGGGAAGCUGUUUAAGCUGCACCGUUCACUCGUUUCCCAACUUCUCUCAACUGAAACUGAGUGAGAAAGUGUGCGAAAGCCAGCCAUUCCGCGUUCAAAACUACCUGUUUAACUUUCGUAUUAGGUGCUACAACCCCCCGUUUGAUAUGGUUGUGGCGUUCUUGGGGUUAUUUCCGAGCAGUGAUGACGACGAUUUGGUCUGGCCAGCAAAAAUCUCUUGCCAAUUGGAGCAGGUGAAUCAGGUGGGGGAUACCAGACAUAGAAAAUAUGUUACGAGUUUCAUUUGGAACAAAGAAGAACGCGGGACAUGGAAGAAUAUCGAUACGUACGAAAUGAAGUAUACUGAGUUGCAGAAUAAAAAAUCGGCAGUGAACUAUUUGGUUAAUGAUACACUGGUGUAUCGCCUACACCUGGAUAUCACGCCGUAGCUGAGCUCAAACAAACACAACAGUGCCUCAUUGGCACUUGGUUUUCUAGUUCUAUUUCACACACUAGAUUUGCGUUAGCUGUAAACAUUAUGAACAUGUACAAUCUGUCAAACAGCAACAUCUCAAACCCAUAAUCCUAGCAAGAAGACAGUUUUGUACUUCAUGUAGUUUUCACAAAAGUAAUAUUUUGGUGCACUGCGCAUGCAGG